UUUUUUUGCUUUUUCUUUUUUUUUCUUUCUCCUAACCCAAGAUGUGUGAAUGCGGAAGUUCUUAAGUCCAAAUGUUAUUUUUUAUUUUUUUUUAGGGAAUGGUUGGCGAGGAGGAGAUAUAUCAAGAUCUAAGAUAGGGAAGUUAUAAUCUUAUCUAAAUGGAGUACCAGUUUCCGCCGUCUCUCCCCCCCUGUUCUUCUCUUAUUUCUCCUCUGCUCGCCCCAAUUACCCAUUCUUACAACAUUAGACUUUUUGUUGAGUACAGAUUAAUUAGUUUAUUGCUACAAUUGAGAGGUUGUAAUGUAGAGAAAAAUCUAUUCACAUGACAAAACCCCACAUUUCCGCAGUUUAGGAUCAGUCAUUAAUCUUCAUACAAUGUAAAUAUUUAGUUCUCUAAAGUACGGAAUUUACGAUUAAUAACGGUUGAAUGAUUUACCUUAAAUUUACCAUUUUAAUCUUUAUUGAGGUAUAUAUCGCUUGAAUUUUCCCAUUUCGCUAGGAAUUGCGGUAAAAAUAUUCAUUUUUCCGGCAAUUUUUUCACCAAGAAUUUUUUUAUUUCGUGAGAAGAGCCGUGAUUAGCCAAUUCCUGCAUCCAGUCGACACACCCAAUUUCAAUUGGAUCUUCUUAUCAAGCAAGAAUGGAAUGAUAAACCACUAGUUUGAUAUUCUGGCUAUCAGAAAGAAGUACCACAAUUUCAUGAUAAUGCAAAACAGUCAUGUCAAACAACAAAAAAGACAAUGGUGUUCCUUCUCGGUACUAGAAUAUUUUCAUUAGAAGUCAUCUCACAUUUUUCUUUGCCCCAUGAUUCGGCAUAUACGAUUGUUGAACGCCUCAUUGCCAUUCUCGAGAACACCCACUUGUACCCCUCAGCUUAAGCCCAUGUAUAUCCCCACUCCGAAAACCGUACUGCGAUCGUAUUAUUUUUUAAAUUUCUUUUUUUUUUCUUUGGUUUUUUGUACGGCGGAAUGAUUGAAUUUCCAUACACACUCUUAUCAAUUAGAUAUGCUGCAAGUACAAGUAAAAAUAAAAAGAAUCGGUAAAAAAAAAAAAAAAAAACAUACAAAAAAAAAAAACAGCCGCUAAUAAAAAUCCUCCAGCCUGUUCUCCACAAUAUAUAAACGGUCAUAUCUCUGAUAAAAAAACACCCAGUGACAAGGACUUUCUGCUCUCCAAACACAUUAUCAAUUGACUUAUCCUUAUAAUGGUGGGAAAGGACAUCCAUACAAUCAAAUCCAGUGGGUCAGUCAGGCCCGGAAUUUACCGUUCCAAUUCUUCUCAUUACGCCAUUUCCAUUUCUAAUUCAAGAAUUGUCAAUUAUGAUGAAAAGGGUACCCCACUUUCUCCAGAAGAUUCUAGCGAACCUUUUGAUCCAGAAACUCUUGAAAGAGGUUUGAAAUCUAGACAUGUCCAACUUAUUGCCUUGGGUGGUUGUAUAGGUACUGGUCUUUUCGUUGGUACGGGGUCAGCCUUAUCCACUUGUGGCCCAGCUCCCUUGCUUAUGUCAUAUAUGAUUAUGUCUUCUGUCAUUUUCUUUGUGAUGAAUAUGCUUGGAGAAAUGACCACUUUUUUACCCUUGCCUGGUAAUGGUCCUCAAGCGUUUGUUACCAACUAUUUUGAUCCUUCCUUGGGAUUUGCUGCUGGUUGGAACUAUUGGUAUGCCUUUGCCAUGUUGGUUGCCGCUGAAGUUACUGCUGCGGCCAUUGUGGUUGAAUAUUGGAUCACCUCGGUGAAUCUUGCUGUAUGGAUUACCAUUUUCUUGGCUAUCACCAUUAUUUUAAAUUUCUCAAGUGUUAAAUAUUUCGGUGAAGCUGAAUUUUGGUUUGCCUCUUUGAAAUUGAUUGGAAUCACUGGUUUAAUUAUUGUUGGAAUUGUCAUCUUUUUCGGUGGUGCUCCAACCCAUGAUAGACUUGGUUUCAGAUAUUGGAAUGAACCUGGUGCAUUCCGUGAACAUUUGGUUCCAGGAUCAACUGGUCGUUUCUUGGCUGUUUGGACUGCCUUGGUCAAGUCAGGAUUCGCCUUUAUUUGUUCUCCUGAAUUGGUUUCUGUUUGUGGUGCUGAAUCAGUGGCUCCUCGUAGAAAUAUCCCCAAGGCUGCCAAUAGAUUUAUUUAUAGAUUGGCAUUUUUCUAUGUCUGUGGUACUUUGGUUAUUGGUGUUAUUGUUCCAUACAACAAUGAAAGAUUGAUGCAAGGUGGUUCUGAUGCUAGUGCCUCACCAUUUGUUAUUGGAAUUAAAAAUGCCGGAAUUAAUGUUUUGGAUCACAUUAUUAAUGCAGUCAUUUUAACUUCUGCUGCUUCUGCUGGUAACUCUUUUAUGUAUUCUGCAUCAAGAACCUUGUAUGGUUUGGCUUGCAACAACCAAGCUCCUAAGAUUUUCACCAAGGUUAACAGAAUGGGUAUUCCUUACUAUGCAGUGGGUGCUUCUUCUCUUUUCGGAUUGUUGGCUUAUUUGAAUGUUUCUUCUGCUUCUUCCAAUGUUUUCACUUGGCUUUCAAACAUUUGUACCAUUUCUGGUUUCAUUGCUUGGUUAUGUGUAGCCUUGGCUUACCUCCGUUGGAGAAAGGCCAUUGAAUACCAUGGACUUUCUGAAAGAGUCACUUAUCGUACCAUUUUGCAACCAUAUGGUGCUUAUUACGUCUUGGGUUUUAUUUUCAUUUUAACUUUAACCAAUGGUUAUGCUGUCUUUUUCGAUUUCAAAGCUGCUGAUUUUGUUGCUGCUUAUAUCACAUUCCCAAUUUUCCUUGUCCUUUACCUUGGUCACAGAGGUUACAAUUACUUUGUUAAAGGUGUUAAGCAGUGGGUCACCCCUCUUGAAAAAAUUGACUUGUUCACUGGUUUGGACUUGAUUGAAGAAGAGGCUGCAAAUGACCCAGAAAGAAUUCCUAAUGGAAUUCUUCAAAAAAUUUGGUACUGGAUUGCCUAAUUGUGUAUAUAUAAAGUGAAUGUAUUAUUACCUCUCGUUUUUUAAUUUAAUACAAACUGUCAAUGUGAGAACUUUCUGUUUUAGGAAAAUUAAGCGAUUAGCGUACAUAAUCAAACCCUUUUUUUUAUCUUCUUAAUGUAAUCUCCCAGUUCAUUUUUGCUAGUUCAUUUCU